UGUUGGUAUUAUUUACCCAUCAAAAAGCGCAUGGGCGUCUCUACUUCAUUUGGUAAAAAAGAAAGACAAGAACAAAUGGAGGCACUGUGGUGAUUUUAUAAGACUCUAUGGUGUAACGGUUCCACACGGAUGUCUUCUACCACGUGUCGUAGAGGGUGCCUUUUUUGGUCUAGAAACGCCGCACAAACGUUUUAAAUACAAGUGCACGAGACUAUCUCACAACAAUCGGGUGAUUUCCUCUGAAGAAAGCGUUUUUGGUGUCGAUACCUGGGUUUUCCUCGAACAUUUUAGUGAUCUUUACAAUAAGCUACCAAAUCAAGAGAAGGAUCUGAGCAUCAAGAAUUUUCCCCUAACACGCACCGCCAAGUUAUUAAGAAAUUUUCUCAGGAUGCUGAAUAUUUACCAUCGCGUAAUUUUUAACGGCACAGACGUGUUAAAUCCCUUGAAAGAGUAUCCAAAAGCUAAAAAAAGACACCUUCCUAUUUAA